AAGUGAAAGAGAGAGGUUGGGACGCUUUGUCGACGAGGCAAUCUGGUCGGAGAGAGGCGGGAAGGGAUCGAGUAGGUUUUGUUGUGUCUAAGUGGCGUCAGAUCCAAAUUAGUCUCUUUGUUUGAGGUGAGAUUUGGACUCUGAUUUCUCUCUAGGUACCUGAACAGCAGCAGUCGGCAGUCUUGUGAGAAUUCAGAAUUCAGGAUCUGGAGAUUAGGAGCAGACUGCUCAACUGAGGACAGGAGUGAGGACUAGGACCGGUGGGGUGAGGAGACUGAGCUUCUGAGUUAGGGGAGAAGCAGUUCGUUCACUAGCGCGAGUCAGCAGCCGCACAAGCAGUGGGCACCCGUCAGUUUGGAAGAUCUGGUGUGUUCUGCAGAAUUAGCCGAAAAGAAGGAAAAGGACCCGUUCGUAAGAUCUGUUCCAGGUUGAGAUCUAGAUACUGCGCAUUGGGUUCCACUCACAAUCGGUGGGCGGUUUGGUUGUGGGUUGGUGGGAAGUGACGGUUACAAGAGUACGGAGAGGAAGAGUCGAGUUGGUAGACGAAGGAGAAGAAAGAGAAAGAGAAUGCAUACAUAUCUUCCCAGAUUGCUCAGUCACAGUUCUCGUAUGGUGUCUAUCCUAUCCCCUUCGAUUGCAUCCGGCAGAAUAAGGCGUAGCCUUAGGGCCCGUGACGUGACUUUGUCGCGAGGUUUUCUACACGCUGGAACUCCCACUGCUGGUCUUCAGGAAUAUCGAGACAAUUCUGUUCAGAGGGUCUUAGGCACCAGGGUGUUGGUUCCCAAUAAAAAUGUGUCUGACCAGAUGGUGAAUUUGGCUGUGCGGUUGAAUAGCAGAAGAGUGGGCCGGAGCUUCUGCGCACACACCACUGCUGGCGAGUCAGUCGUCGUAAAAGAGAAGUCAUCUGAUUCCGAAGAGAAGAAGCCGUUCAUUAUGCAGUCUGUGAGAAUCCGGUGCCGGGGUGACAUUGCGGAUGGGCUUGUGGAAGCUUUGAUGUGUUUUGGAGCAAGCUCAUGCAGCAUAGAGGAUGCCCACUAUGGGAGCACCAACGAGCAGGAGAUCUAUACAGACGGUCCUGUUCCGUGGCAGACAGGAGAGCGUCAGCUGUGGGAGGAGAGUCACAUCACUGCAAUAUUUCCAGAGGAACAGGAUGUCGGGGAGUCCAUCGCUAUGGCAUCCCACUCAAUUGGUUUCAAUGAGAUGCCCCAUUAUGUUGUAGAGUUGAUGGAGGAUCAAGACUGGAUUGAACAGCUUCAGAGUAUGUUCGAGCCCGUCGAGGUAGCAGCCGGCUUGUGGAUCGUCCCGAACUGGAGGGCACCGCCUAAUCCAAUGGCAGUGAACGUCAUACUGGAUCCAGGCCUUGCUUUCGGAACCGGAGAACAUCCGACUACUCGUCUUUGUUUGCAGUUACUUCACCAAGUUCUUAGAGGUGGAGAACGGAUGUUGGAUUACGGGACCGGCUCGGGUAUUCUCUCCAUAGCUGCACUGAAGAUGGGAGCUUCCAGGGCCGUCGGUAUUGACAUUGAUCCUAUGGCCAUCACAUCGGCCCGCUACAAUGCUUCUUUGAAUGAUUUGGAUGAUCAGAGGCUGCAGGUGUUUUUAGCAUCUAUCAAUGGGGAGGAUCCCGUCCCCCCCGGUGCAGCAUAUCAUCCCGUCUUUGACAACGAUAUGGACGAAGGCCCGGAUAAUAAAAUGUCCCCAGACUUCGAUAUUGUUAUCGCGAAUAUCUUGUUGAACCCUCUUGUGGACUUAGCGAGUCGAAUUGCGAACUACGCUAGACCCGGGGCGUUUGUUGGUCUCUCAGGAAUUCUUGUUGAGCAGGUUGAGCAAGUCCGACAUACCUAUGCAUGUUAUCUGGAUAAUAUUCAGGUGACUCAGGAUUGCGGAUGGGCCUGUGUCAGUGGCGUUAGAAAGCUCUCCUAAUGAAACCAUUUCAAAAUCCUGAUCAGCAAUUUCUCUAAGAUUGGGCCAGGAGCCCUUGAUAGAAUUUGAAGUAGGAACCUUUUUGUGGUCAAGCGAUCUCGCCGUUAUUGGCCUGGAUGGCAUUUUAUACGAUGGAAAGCUUGAGGUAGAAAUUUGGGCUGGGGGAUCUAAGUUUAGGGGUUACAAGCAAUCUCGUAGGACAGGCCCUUCUGGCACUUCAUGUUGACGCUUCAUUCAUGUGUAGAAAUUUGGGCUGGUAAAGCUAGUUUUAGGGGCUGGUCAGGAUAGUUGUAGAAAGAAUUUGUUGUAAUUAGAAUUUAGGAUCAUGUAAAGCACUUUUUUCCAUCAUGUGUACUUUGUUGUG